GGGCGGGGGGCGGCCUCUCCCCUCCCCGCGCCGCUGUCACCGCGCCGCCGAUAUUAUAGGGCCGAGGGCUGCGGCUCCGAGCGCCGAGUCAGCGGUGUAAUGAACUUCUGGAAACCUUUCCCUUUUUCUAGCGUUCACUUUCUGAGAGGCUGAGACUGCCUCCUCUGACGCCUUUUCCCCCUGCCAUUCUUUUGCCGGCUCUGAUCUCCUGCUCCGCGCGGAGCCCGCUCCAUCCCACCUUCCCCUCCGCUCAUUGUGCCUCGGCCCCGAGUCCCGCCGGCAGCGCGCCGCCACCCCCGCACCCUCCCGGGGUCCCGAGCGCCUCGGCUCGCGGGGAGAGCUCCUUCUUCGGCUCAUUUCGUUUCUUUAGUAUUAUUUUUCGCCUUUCGGCCCUCGCGUUUCGUCUCGGUUUUCUUUUUUUUUCUUUUAUUUUUUUCUUUUUUUUUUUCCUCGCGUCCCCGGGCCUCGGAAGCACCUCGCGGCGAGGAUGUGUCGGCCCCAGCGGGCGAAGCAGCGCUGAGAGGCCGAAGGAGGCACCCGCCCGCCCGCCGCCCCCGGGGGGGGGGCACAGCGCUGCGCCCCGACGGAGCGGCUCCCGGGGCUCCGAGCAUGAGCAAGCCGGCGGGAUCAACAAGUCGCAUUUUGGACAUCCCCUGCAAAGUGUGCGGGGACCGCAGCUCCGGCAAGCACUAUGGGGUGUACGCCUGCGACGGCUGCUCGGGUUUCUUCAAGAGGAGCAUUAGGAGGAACAGGACCUACGUCUGCAAGUCGGGAAAUCAGGGGGGCUGUCCGGUGGACAAGACGCACAGGAACCAGUGCCGGGCCUGCCGGCUGAAGAAGUGCUUGGAAGUCAACAUGAACAAAGACGCUGUGCAGCAUGAGCGGGGCCCACGUACAUCAACAAUACGGAAGCAGGUGGCCCUCUACUUCCGUGGACACAAGGAGGAGAGCAGCGGUGCCCCGCACUUUCCUGCCACUGCCCUGCCAGCACCCGCUUUCUUCACUGCUGUCUCCCAGCUGGAGCCCCAUGGCCUGGAGCUAGCUGCAGUUGCCGGCACUCCCGAGAGGCAGGCCCUCGUGGGCCUGGCGCAGCCCACCCCAAAGUACCCGCAUGAAGUCAAUGGUACCCCCAUGUAUCUCUACGAGGUGGCCACCGAAUCUGUCUGUGAGUCAGCAGCCAGACUUCUGUUCAUGAGCAUCAAGUGGGCUAAGAGUGUACCGGCCUUCUCUACCCUGUCCUUACAAGACCAGCUGAUGCUUUUGGAAGAUGCUUGGAGAGAACUGUUUGUUCUAGGAAUAGCACAAUGGGCCAUUCCAGUUGAUGCUAACACUCUACUGGCUGUAUCUGGCAUGAACGGUGACAACACAGAUUCUCAGAAGCUGAAUAAAAUCAUUUCAGAAAUCCAGGCUUUACAGGAGGUUGUGGCUAGAUUUAGACAGCUCCGGCUAGAUGCUACUGAAUUUGCCUGUCUCAAAUGCAUCGUCACUUUCAAAGCUGUGCCGACACACAGCGGGUCCGAGCUGAGGAGCUUCCGGAAUGCCGCUGCCAUCGCCGCCCUCCAGGACGAGGCCCAGCUCACCCUGAACAGCUACAUCCAUACCAGGUACCCUACACAACCCUGUCGUUUCGGAAAACUUUUAUUGCUUCUACCAGCUUUACGUUCCAUUAGUCCAUCUACAAUAGAAGAAGUGUUUUUCAAAAAGACCAUCGGGAAUGUACCAAUCACAAGACUGCUUUCAGAUAUGUACAAAUCCAGUGACAUAUAAAUUUCCUUAAAACAAACGAUCAGGAUGGACAGUUUGAGAAGAACUUUUAUCUAUGGAGAAUAAGCCUCAACUAACAAAACCUACAGGAAGCAUAAGCCUGGGAAUGUUUAGCCUUUAAACCCAUUGACAAAAAAUACCCCAGUAGAUAUGAUUCUGCUGCUCUGAACAGAGCGAUUUAGAUCAUGGAGAGAAUGCUUUGUUCUACAGAAAAAGUGAAAGUGGUUGGAAUUUGGCUGCUUUUCCUGUUACUACAGGAUGGAGGCAAUUCAGAUGCCAGUCAUAGUUAACAAAGACUGCGCUAUUCUCUCAUUGAACUGGCAGAUCUGAGACGAAAUGUGAAAGAAGGUACUUUAGUUUUGUUCAGUAUUUGGAACUGGGUGACCAAACUUGGCUUCUGUUGUAACGUGAGAUGUGGUGGCCUUCAGAACUGUUUUAAAAGUAGCCUAUGUUGGUAAAAUGUUUUAAUACGAUAGGCAACGUUUAAGACCGGGUUACCAAAACAUUGCUUCUGCAGUAACACAUCAUGAAGUGGCCUUCAGAACUGAUUAAAAAGUAGCUUAUGACAGCAGUUCCACUCUUCCUGCAAAAUAAACUGGUGAUCUGUGAUGCAGAUGUCACCAGAAUUAACAUCUCAUGACAGAAGAGCUUUAUACAACUCCCCGACCCUUCUCUCCUCCUUACACACACGCACCCACCCACACAGCCCCCGGCAAAGAGUACACGUCAAGGAAGGAAGACAAAAACAGCAAAACCAAAUCCAAUGGAGAUGACUGCUUCAGUGACCUGCUGGCUGUCCCGUUGGCACACUGCUGAAACCAAAGGCAACGGCGGCCAAACUCUUUGUCAGUGAGAUGUGCAGAGAAGUGAAAUGACUGUAAAGACACCGACGGCAACAAUUUUAUUUCAAGGAAAUAAAGUUGGUUGACUGAAACGAUGCUAACAACUUUCAAAAGUCUCCAAUGCCUUUUUAGAAAACUCCAGGUUCUAAUUUUGAAGCCUUGUUCACCUACACCCUCUUACACACAAAAAUGUUAUAAGCUGCUUAUUUGAUGUAUGAAACACGUAGAAAAAAAAUUAAAGAUAGCUGCUGUACUUUUCAAAAUUUGAUUUGUUAUUAGAAACUAGCACUGAGAAAAAUCAGCACUUGGACUAUCAUAGAAUGAGUAAAACUUUUCCUGUACAAAGUGGAUUAACUGAUUUGUGAAGUUAAAAAGUUGUACUCAUUGUAUUUACAAAGAAUAAAAAUAUAUUGAAUUUACUUUCCACUGUCCUUUUAACACUUCUCCUUUUGUUUCUGGAUUAGCGUCUUCCACUGUACCCCACUUAACAGGGAACAGAAAUAACCUCUACUAAAAUGUACUGCCUUAGGUACCAGGGGGUCUCCAUCAUCAGAGAUUUUAAAGAACAGGUGAGACAGACAUUAAGGGAAUAACUCAGCUACAGGUGAUGCUACCUUCAGCCAAAGGGACUUUGAAGUCUUGCACAGAGCUGUUUUCAGUAAUUCGUAGAUACACUUACUGCAAGAUUUCUAACAUUUCCUUCUCAAGCAUCUGACAUAGAGCUUUUUUCUGGAUGUCUAACCUUGGGUAAGUUUUCCAUUUCAUGUUAUUUCAGUUUUAAGUACUUGUGAGUUGUGCAGCUCACAAUGGGUGACGAGUACAAAAAUACCGCUUCAACUAAAAAGAUUCGGGAGUUUUAUUAAGGUGUCCAGCUGUGUUAUCAAACCAAAGAAAAGGGUAAGAAACUCCAGUGCACAGGAUGAAGCUGGCAACAGAAGGGAAAUAAAACACACUGUUUAUAAGGCAACGAGUAACCAAAGACUGUGCACAUUAAAAUGACAACUGGAAAUGUACAGCGUAUAUCAGCGGCUCAUUCUUUGUUGGUGUCAAGAAACACGGACCAUGGACUCCAAAUACAGAGGUCAAAGUUUUUCUAUCCCAUCUCUCUUAAGUCUGAGAGGUCUCACAUUCCAUUCUUUCCAGGACAGCAGGACCAUUACAUGUACAAGUCCAGUUUUCCAAUGAGUCAGGUAAGACAAAGUAUGGACUACAAGACUUUGGUACACUUUCUGUACAAACUAGCAUGGAGUGUCUGAGAAUGCAUUUACCAUAGGGUGUGGUGAAUUUAUCCCUAAAAAAAAAAGCAGCAAACACUUAAGAGUUCUUUCUGCACUUACAACAGUUUUUACUAUUUCUUACCCUACGCUAAAGAAAACUGACAAUCAGUUGUUAUUUCCCAUCCUUGUGAUAAUACAGUUUACGAGUUAAAAAGGUUGAGGCCACUGCUGUUCAGAACCCAUGAUGAAACACUCAUUUCAACAAGAUGCAUGCUGUGCAGCCAUAAACAUAAACUUCACACAUGAUUUGAGGUAGCUGCAUGCUGCAGUAUGCUAUCCGGACCCGGUCCCUAGAUGACCUAGCCUAUAGAACGCAACAGAGUGUAUUGGCUUUCAACCCAACUGCCAAGCUGACAAGGCAAUAGGUGAACGCCCCUAUCAUCUUAUCUGUAGGACCUAGCCCAUCUGAACAGCAGACUCACAGGCUGGGAGUCUUGCCCACACCCCUAUAGUUGAGGCACAGCUAAUCUCAGACAGUGCUCCUCUGCAGAUUGUAUAGCAGCAGAAUCACACUACACUAGAACUAGCUAGCUUCAAAGCACUGACACACAGAAGAAAUCCUAGAAGCCGGUGCAGAUGCCCACUGAAUCCCAGAUCCUGUCAGCUUCAGAGGCUGUAACAACUCCAAAGUCCUUGCUACACUUCAGAAAUACAAGAAGAAUCUACUGACAUCAAGUACGCAGCUCUUCCCUCUUUGGCUUAGAUUUUUUUUCCUGCAGCAGAUGAUAAAGAUCAUAACAUCAUCUUUUAGGGAUAUGACAGAACAUCUACUUUGAUUUCAGAAAGAAGCUUCUCACAGAAAAGACUGUUCGAGAAAAGAAAAAGAACAUCUGAUUAUGUACCUAAAUAAUAAAACUUCAUAUACAUUUAACCCUUCUUUCCCCAUUUUCAAGAGUAACUCAGCCCUUAAGUGUAAUUCAGCAGUAGGAGGGAAUUUUAUAAUAGAUUGCUUUGCAUUAACUAGAACUACUUGAAAAGCUAGACUAAAAAGUUUGACACUCAAAUAACUGCUUUGACCCCUUCAUACAUACUAAAGACUGUGCUGAUUCUAUCCCACAGUCCAACCCACGUAAUCAAGCAUCAGAACUUACACAGCCCACUUGCAACCCAGAGCUGUACCAUUAGCAUCUAGUAUGUUUCCUUCCAUUCCAAAAUCCAAAAAUAAAGACUGCACUUGGUUGUGAGCAACCAGAUAAUCUUUGUUGAUAAAGGCAGAAAUGAAUUCUUGUUUUAUUGCAGCCACAAAGUAGAAUGCUUAAAGACAGGUAUUCACUGAUACUACACACAACCCAGUCAGCCCACCACUGUUUUGUCAGCUCAAGCUUUCACAUCCAGAAUUCUAUACAAAUGACAGAGCAGAAGUUUAAAAUGAGAUUAACAGUCUUUUUAAAAGAAAAUUAGUAACUUUGCAUGUUUUGCAUGUUGCACUUCUCUACAUAGUGAUAGAACAGAGUAUAUUUUAUAUGUAAGAAGGAAAAAGCAGCAAAACCAACUCUAAGCCAACAUGCACCCAAAUUGUUUAGAACAUGCACUGUUAAGAAGAACACAAAACACUGGACAGACUGCUACUAGUGUUCUUGAAUUGGUUUUCAAGAGCAUCUGGAUAGGUAACUUCCACAUCAUAAUUCAGAGUACUAAGGAGGCUUUUCUAGACACAGAAGCAUUUAGGGACAAAGAUUAUUCCAACAAUGUUGCUUGCAAACUCAAGUCCAGGAGUUCAUAAUCUGCUUUUCACCAUUGGUCAUACAAGCACAAUGCUACAGCCUUUCCUUCUUUUAAUGUUCAGGGAAGUGACCACAUUGCAUAGCAUGCUUGCAUGAUUCCAUACCCCUAAUGGCAUAUGCAGAUCAGAGCCACCUUAAUCUUCAGCUAUAGGACCCAAAAGCCCUAUCAUGGGUUAUGUCAACAUUUUUUUCCUCUGUAGAAUGGUAUAAUUUUCAUGUAAUAGCUGAAUCUAGAUUGAGGCUUCUCAUACCAAGUGAAGAGGUAUUCUCAUUCCAAGUUUAAUGAAGCCCUGCAUCUGUUGACUACCUGACAUGAACACAGUUGAGGCUUUAGGUCCACAGCACUGGAACAACCUUGAAUACUUUCCGUGUUUCAUAACAUAACAAAAAGGAAAACAUCGCUCCCAUUUAUAAGUGAUGGAGGAUCCAGGGAACUACAGGCCAGUAAGCUUCACCUUUGUGCUUGGUAACACCAUAGAACAGAUCCUCCUAGAAGACAUGUUAAGGCACACAUGGCACAAGCAGGUUAUCUGAGACAGCCAGCACAGCUUCAGCAAGGGAAGGUCAUCCCUGACUAGACUAGCAGCCUUCUGUAAGUGAUGCCAUCAGUGGACAAAGGGAAGGCAACUGAUGACAUGGUUCCCCACCACAUCCUCAUCCCUAAAAUUGAGAAAUACAGAUUUUAAGGGUGGACUAUUGAUGGAUAAGGAAUUGGUUAGAAAGUCAUAGACAGAGGGUUAUGGACAACAGCUCUACAGCCAGGUGAAGGCUGGUGAUAAGUGAUUUCCUUCAGCGGGCUGUCUUGGGACCAGUACUCCUUAAUACCUUUAGCAAUAACACUUUUACCACUGAGAGGGUGGUGAAGUGCUGGAACAGGUUGCCCAGACAGGUUGUGGAUGCCCAUCUCUGAUGAUCCUUGAGGUCCCUUCCAACCCAAGCCAUUCUAUAACACUGGAUUGGUGAAUGCCUGUAUCUAAGGGUAUUUAGUGUUAGGGGCAAAGCACUACCUUGCAGAAGAAUAUUACAGCAAGGCUGAAACAUCAGUUCACUUACUAUAGCAAAGUCUUUGCUUCUCAGAAAUGAGAUAAUCCACACUCAAGGUCAAGAGUGACAAACAUCUGAAGUGCAUUUUCACUUUUAUUUCAAAACUUUAGACAAGUUAUUUUAGUAUAUAAAUUUGAUUUUUUUCCCUCUUACAGAAUAUAAAGAUAAUUCCCUCAUUACUUCAGUAUAAAGUGUUUCACAAGCUUGAAGACAAUUGCAUAAGUGUAUCUCACACAGGGUUAUCAGAAAGAAAGCAGUCUCUUAAAGAAGUUCAGACAAAUGACUACCUCAGAAAGCAUAGCAGUUUAGUCAAAUACAAGUGAACAUGUGACACUACAACUGUGCAAGUUCAAGUAAGGCCAAGUCAGUAAACAUUGUUAAGUCAUCGCAAAUGAGUGGAAAGGUUUGUGAGACAUUGCAAGAGGUGGAUGGUCUCAUAAUAUAGUACUCUUAAAUCAGAGGGAUUUAGCUAAAAGACAAGUGAGUUUUUUAAUGCUAUAAAGUAUAUGCAAA